AUGGCCGUAAUCACAAACAAACCACCAGACUAUGAUAUUAUCAUUGUAGGGGCUGGUUUUGCUGGAGUAACUCUUCUUUAUCAUCUCCGGAAACAGGGUCACCGAUGUCUUGUGUUAGAAGCAGGAUCAGAUCUGGGAGGAACGUGGUUUUGGAACAGAUACCCUGGCGCACGAGUCGACACUGAAGCUCCAUUUUAUGCUCUAUCAAUUCCAGAAAUCUGGAACAACUGGAAGUGGAGUGAGAAGUUCCCCUCGCAGCCGGAACUGCGACGAUAUUUUGCAUACCUUGACAAAGUAUUGGGAUUGAAACAAGACAUUCAAUUCAACACUCGGGUAACGCAUGGUCAGUUUCGGGGGGAUAGAUGGCACACAGCUACUGAAGACGGCAGUCAGUUCACCAGUCAAUUUUUGAUUGCUUGCCCUGGACCCGGCACAGUACCACACAUCCCCUCUUUUCCCGGACUUGAGUUAUUCAAAGGAACAGUGGCUCACUCCUACGAGUGGCCAGAGGAGGGAUUUGAGCUGAAGGGCAAGCGAGCCGCGGUCAUUGGCACAGGGGCCUCCGGGUUGCAGAUAGUGCAAGACUGGGCUAAACGAGCAGAUCAUCUUACUGUCUUCCAACGUACCCCCAACACAGCCCUACCUAUGCAUGGAGAAGGUUGGCUUCAAGAUCCCAAAAUGACCCACGAAGAAUUCUGUCACUAUCGCCGUACGCAUCUUAGCGGCGUGAACUAUCAAUUCGCACCAACCAACACAUUUGAUACAAAAGAUCCAGCUGAGCGACAAGCCUUCCGCGAGCAUUUAUGGAAGACUGGCGGAUUUCCUUACGUCUACGGUAAUUAUAAAGAUGUAAUGAUCAACCGUGCCGCAAACCGAGAGAUGUACGACUUCUGGGCUCAAAAGGUCCGUUCACGCAUUGAGGAUCCACGCAAACGUGAUCUCCUGGCGCCUCUGGAGCCUUUACAUCCUAUGGGUGCGAAAAGACCUACCUGUGAACUUGACUAUUACGACCAGUUCAAUCGGUCCAAUGUUGAUCUAGUGGACCUGCGAUCCACUUCCAUUGACUCUUUCCAACCGGACGGCCUCACCACCACUGAUGGCCAAUUCUACCCUCUCGAUAUCAUUGCCCUAGCCACAGGUUUUGAUAUGAUUACUGGCGGACUCACUCAUAUGGGGCUUCAUAGUGUCGAAGGAAAGCCUUUGAAGGACGAGUGGAAGUCCGGCGUGAAGACGUAUCUUGGAAUGACCAUCAAUGGAUAUCCCAAUCUAUUUUUUCUAGCAGGCCCCCAGGGUCCAUUGUCCUUUUCGAGUGGACCUAUCGGUAUCGAGGUGCAGUGUGGGCUUAUCUGUGAUGCGAUUAAACAGCUACUAGCGCAAGGAAGCACUGUUGUUGAGCCCACUGUCGCUGCACAGGAGACUUGGAGUCAACACGUAAAAUCUCAAUUCGAUGGAACGCUAUUCCUCGAUUCUCCUGACUCGUGGUUUUUGGGUGGAAAUAUUCCUGGGAAGAAACGCGAGUUGCUUACCUACGCUGCCGGGUUGCCUCAGUACCAAAUGGACUGUGAGAAGGCUUUCAAUUCUUGGGAUGGAUUCGUAUGCAAGUAG